AUGUCGUUUUUCAGCAGCAUCAAUCCCACCUUUCCCCAACUGCAAGCUGGGCAGGUGGUCGCCUACGACUACCUUCACGCUGCGAAGACGUGGCAGUGGACCCUGGGUACGGUGCGUGAGAUCAAGGACUACACGGCCGUCGUGCAGCAGUGGGGCCUUCACACCGGAGACAUUGACACGCUGCGCUCCAUUCUCCUCAAAGAGGUCGACACGGAAAAUGGACGCAUGAAGAACUAUCAUGAUAUGCUGGCUAUCGCACGAGAGAAGCUCGCAUCCAUCCGCCGUAGCAACGAGGAUCGCGUUUCACACGUUCGAGGUCACUUUGACAAGGCUCGCGAAAAAGUAGAGCUCAUUGACGAGGUCGAUUUGCGCAAGGUCACGGCCCAGGCCGCCCCAUCCCCGGUUGCUGUAGCAGUGCUGAAGGCGGUGUGGGCCGUGGCCAAGUGCAAUCCCACGGCGGUCGAGUUCUACGAGUGGGCAGAUGUGCAACUGGAGUACCGGAAGACAGCCGCUCUCGAUGAGAUCGCCAAGACAGACGUUCUGGCGAAGCUCUACCCUUCCGCGGAAAGUCUGCAGCAGUCCCUGGAGCAGGACCCCAAGCUGAACUACAAGGCGGCGGCGCGCGACUCAACGGUGGUGGCCAGCCUCCACGCGUGGGUCACCACAGCUCUUGCCUACCAGCAGGCGUACAACCUCCUGGCGCACGACAAGCGCAUCCAGGAGCAGAACGACGCCAUCGCAGCCGCCAUUGCUGGCAUGAAGGCCUGUCGCGCCAAGAUCGCCAAGCUCAAGGACGAGCUGUCUUCAAAGGACACGGCUGCACUUCCCGGUCAGGUCACCUCCUUCACCAGGACGUCAGUCCUGGUGACCAUUCCGUUGUCUGCCGUCAUCUCUACCGUCAAUGUGGCCAGCGAUAUGAAGGGAUGCGUGCUGACAAAGGACGAGGUUGAGCAAAUUCUCGUUGAAGCUAAGGCAAUGCGUUUUCAGCUAAAUAGUCGCAUGAACUCCAUUGCCUCCAGGUACGUCGAAGCAGCAGCAGAGCUGCACACACUUUCCCUUUACACGGCAGAGCUAGAAAAAAAGCGUCUCUACCUACAGGAACACUACCUUUCGUCUAUUAUCCGAAGUGGUGAGGCAGAAGCCAAGUGGGAACGCACUGAGGACACUCAGAAGGAAAUGGAUCGAUUGAAUGCCCUGGUUGCUGAGCUGCAAAGGCAUGAUGAGAGGUGGGAACCAGAUUACGAAGCUGUCUCAGUGGCAACAUCACACGUGAAGAAGUACCCUGGUGCCGAGUGGGCGUACUUGGUAGCAGAGAGAUUCGAGGAAGUGCGUGUCGCCUUCGCCUCUGAUACAGCGCUUGCAGUCCACGUUGAUCCCAACUUUGUUCAACACAUUAAGUUUACCCCAGAGCGUGAUCAAUUAUGUGUGAGAUGUGAGAUAACCCACCCUGCCACGAUGACGCGAACGGAAGUAGAUGAGCGUAUUUCGCAGAUGCCCACACGGCUGAUGAAUUACAUUUACAAAAACCGUGAAGCUCCAAAAACCGGUCUCGACAGGGCCGUGGCUGAUAUCUGCCACGCCCUGGGAAUCGACGAUCACAAGUUUGCUGGACUUGGCUUCGAUGAGUUCGUUACCCAACUUGCCGGAUUCGACUACUUAGGGGACAAAGACGCAUACGAGAGCGAAAUUGGGGAUCUUCUCAUGCUUCUCGAUAAGAUCAAUAACGAGAACCGGUCACUUCAGUACACCCUUGAAAAGUCUGCGGAACGCUUCAAGAAGCAGGCUGUGGUGCUUCAGCGCGAUCAGGACGCUCUCACCUUGCGCAACGCGGACCUUGCCGACGAGAUUGACCGCCUCCAAAACCUAGUUGAAAAGCUCAAGGACCUCGCAGACAGGCAAGGCGCUCAGCUAGAACACUACCACAUGCAGCAGCAGCAAGCACAACAGCUGCGCGCACACCGCAAUCUCUCACCCAUCCCACCCACUGCAGAGGAGCCGUUGUACGCCGUUACCAUCGAUGAGCUCAAUACUCAGAAGUCACUCUGCGACGAAGCAACACAACGAGCUGGCGUCCUGCAGAAACAGCUUGACGAGAAGGAAGCCGCCUUCACUCAGCUCCAAAGCCACCUACGCGAAGCCCGAUGCCGUAACAACGACAUCGACCAGCAACUUCAACUUGCAGCCGAGCUCAUCGAGAAACAAAAACAGCUACUCGCCGCCUUCCACCAGAAGCGCCGCGCAGCGCAGGACGCUCGCGCCAAUGAACCGCAGCUCGCUGCCGACGCCCGCACCUCGACCCGCAAUGCCCGCACAGGCAGACGCGGCCGCUCCGCUGCGCACGUGCACGCCGCCGAGGAGAGCGUCGACCCCGCCACCAUUGCCGAAGAACCACUAUAUGCCGUCACCAUAGAUGAGUACAAAGCACAGCACUACGCGCUCCACCAUGCAGAGGAGGAGGCUGGGACGCUGGCGCGACAGCUCCAGGAGGCGCAGCAGGAUG